CCCACCAGCCAUCGCGCCAGUCUCCAAGAGUACAGCAAGAUGGCGGACAGACCAGUGCCCUUAGCUGAGAAGAGGCUUAUGGAUGUGAAGCUUGGUCAGCUGCCAUCCUGGUUUGGUACAAGGGACUUCACACCUAAUGGCCUCAUUGGUUCUGUUCGAAGAGGUUAUGAUGGGUAUUACAACAAGUACAUCAAUGUGAAGAAAGGAGGAAUUGGUGGCGUUGCCAUGAUCCUCGCUGGAUAUGUCGUAUUGAGCUAUGUGUGGGAAUACGAUCACAUCAAGCAUGACCGCUGGAGGAAGUACCAUUAAAGCUUCUUGGACACCAUGGACCACCAAGACAUAUGGGCUGUCCUGUCUGCACCAGUGUGAUCGGCACAUCUUUCUAUGUUGUGUAUAAAGUAAUUUGUGACCAAGAAUUAAACUAUUAUUAAGUGA